AUGAAAAGUAGGAAAUGGGAUGAUGUGAUUGCUUUACCGGAAAUAGUUUCGUCAAAUAAAGUAUACAAUGAAGGUAAAAUGUGUUUGUCACAGCAGGAGGUAAGGUCCAUUUAUUGGUUUGGUCCGGCAAUAUCGGAAUCAAUUUUUGAUUGCUUUCAAAAAGAAGAAGGAAAAAAAAAGAAGAAAAAAGAAAAGGAUGUGAAGGAUGAAAAA